UUAUUGGGGGCGGUUCUGGUAUUUUUGCGCGAAAAAAGUAACUUUUUGAUAUUCUUCUGCUGACAAUUUUUUUCUCAGGUGACUUAAGUACGAAAGCAACAAAUACAGAAUCCAUAUAAUGCCAAAAACACGGAAAUAAAAGGAUAUAUUUAAGUUCUGAAACAAGACCGAAAUUUUGAUCUUUUUAUGGUAUCAUGAGUAAAGUGGGGCGUUAUCAGCAGUUUGAGAACGACGAUGAGGAUGAAGUAGAGGAAGAAGACUUGAAUGGUGGGAGUCGUAUCCGUGAUCACUCAUUCCAAGAAUUGAAUCUCCAUGUUGAUACGGAUGACCAGCAGGAAUACAAAACCGAUGAUGGUCAGCUGAUAUUCAAUGACUCGAUCUGUGCAGACGAUGACAAACCACAACAAGGAAUCAAUGGGAAGAACAAUGCUCCAGCCGACUUGUUAGAGAUACCAGAGUCAGUGACUGGGAGUAACUUUGUCUUGUACAAAGAUGUUGAUAUUGAAGAUCCUGGGGGUGAUAGGUUCCCUGAACCAACAACAACUUUGGAAGCAUAUCAGUUCUGGAUGCGCCGCCUUGUGCACCAUUUAUCAUUUCGUAUCUUCACCAUCCUCCUCAUCCUUACCGACGUCAUCAUAGUCAUCGUGGAUGUAGCAUACGUUGAUAAGGCACCUGAGAAGGAGGCUGUCUUCCAGUCGUUAUCACUGGCUAUUGUGUCAUACUUCGUGUUGGAGGUGGGCCUGAGGAUAUUCGCUGUGGGUCCUAAAUUAUUCUUCCAUCAAUGGAUUGAGGUCGUUGACUUCUCUAUCGUGUUGAUCAGUUUUUUUCUGGCAGUUAUAUUUGCCAGCAUCGAGUUGUCAUCUCAGUAUGCCUAUGCAAGUAAACUUUUAGUAGCCGGUCGUCUCAUACGAAUCAUCAGAAUCGUGAAAAUCUUCACAGAGAAGAAACAGUUAGCGAAAGCUACGAGGCAGGCGGUGUCACAGAACAAACGUCGCUACCAGAAAGAUGGAUUUGACCUUGACCUGUGCUACAUCACAGAAAGGGUCAUUGCAAUGUCGUUCCCAUCGCGAGGUCUGAUGGCUAUGUAUCGGAAUCCUAUCAGGGAAGUUGCCAAGUUUUUAGAUUUCAAACACAAGGAUCAGUACAAGGUCUUCAACCUUUGCAGUGAGCGAACUUAUGAUGAAUCUCUGUUUCAUUAUCGAGUUGAGAGAAUCUUGAUUGAUGACCACAAUGUGCCGAAAUUAAGUGAGAUGAUCCGGUAUGCAGAUUGUGUGCGAGAGUGGAUGAGGGCCAAUGAUAGCAACGUUAUAGCCGUCCAUUGUAAAGGAGGAAAGGGCAGGACUGGAACCAUGAUCUGUACGUGGUUGGUCGAUUCAGGGCUUUUUGAACAGGCAGAAGACAGCCUGAGUUACUUCGGUGACAGACGAACAGACCUGACUGUCGGCAAGAAGUUCCAAGGUGUUGAGACGCCUAGCCAGAGUCGAUAUGUUGGUUACUUUGAACGAGUCAAGAAGGAAUUAGGCUAUCAACUUCCACCUGACAAGAAGCUCAAGUUGAAGAUGGUCCGCAUUGAAGGAAUCAGCCCUGUGGGGAAUGGUGAUGGCAGUGACCUGACCUUUACCAUCUACAUGGACAGUACCAACGUAUUUGAAUGCGACUUCCAGCACAACAUGAACUGCCAAGUGAGACAUGACCCGGAGGCUGAUACUGUCGUGGCACACAUCUUGAACUCUCCUGUUCUGUACAGAGAUGUCAAAUUUAAAUUCAUGAGUAAAUCGAAAAAAGUGCCCACAGCGUAUGAAAAAUCUCCAUUCUUUUUUUGGUUCUACACCUCUUUCAUUGAAAAUAACAAGUUGCGCCUCGGAAGAGAUGAACUGGACAACCCACACAAGAAGAAAAUGUGGAAUGUAUUCAAAGACAAUUUUGUUGUGGAGUUGGAAUUCGCAGAAGUUGACGAAAACAAUGCUGAAAUAUGAAUGAUAUUUCUGAGGUGGAAUCAAGCCUCAAGGAACAAUAUAACUGACAAGUUUUUCUUCAAUUGUAGAGGGUGCCAAUAGUCUAAGAAGUUGAAUAGACAUUUUGUGCAGUUUGUAAAGACAAUUGCCGCUGGUCUUUCAGGCCAUUCAAUAUUACUACAAUGUAGUUUAUCGUCACUUAACCUGAUGAUAUUAGGUGGGCUGGUGUGGGCUAGGCAUUUUGAUUGCUGAUAUUGUGUUAGGUCACUCUAUUUUGCAAGAUUUAGUAGGAAGGGCUUAAUCAAACACAGUCAGGCCCCUAACUCUGCAUAGAGCCACAUUAAACUUCCAGUUUGACCACCUGGCUUCAGCCAAUAGUCCACCUUUUAUUGGAGGAGGAACGUUUAUGGCUCCUCUAUCAAAUAGUGCUUCUCUUAACAGACAAACCCAUCAUAUUUGGUGCUUAUCAAUUUUGAAUAUUUUAAUGUUUAGGUUCAGACAAUCAAAACCGAUUUACUGUGUUUACUGCUUUAGUUGUGUUGGCCAGCUUCAGAUGUUAAAGGUCUACAUUAUUUAACCAGGUGCUCUUCAUGGAACUAGGUGUCGCUGCACUUGGCGUGUUAAGUGUUUCUCUGUCAUUUACUAAAAAUUUACAUUUUCACAAUAACGCCGUUGUUUCAGAAUGAUUCCAACACAAUAUGUGGAUCAAAACUAUUUUUAACAUCAUUGAAAUGUUCUAUAUGUGUUGGAUAUGUCAGCAGUUCACAUGUGACUGGUGAAGACGAGCUCUUGAAGAAAGUUUAUGAGAUUCUUAUUUCACACCUUCCACAAGUGAGAGUAAAACAUUUUCCGUCCAAUGAAUAUUUGAAGACCAAUUUAAACUUUGUGUUUACCAAUUAUUCAAGGUUUUGCAAAUCAUUCUGCAAGGUAAUGUUGUUUUUAUUCGAUUAAGUUGAGUAGCCUACAAUUAAUAGUGAGAUAUCAUACUUCAACAUAAAUUUCUAUGCAUAUCAAAAAUCCUUGGUGCAUUUUGACUACAUGUAAACUGUAUUUUUGUUGAGGCACAGUUGCGUAGCAUGUGAUGAGAUUUCACGGGAUAGACUGGUUUCUUAUUGGUAAAGGAUAGAGGCCAUGCGGUGACGUCAUUCGGACAUCUAUUUUGGACAAGAUUCUUUUUUUACCAUAAAGUUUUUUGUACUAUUUAGUCAUUUGUAAAUUUGGUGCAUGCAUUCCUUGGUGAUCUAUACAGAUAUUGAAAGCAAUUUAUAGCAUACUUAGAUCAUAUUGUUGCAUAAUUUCAAUCACUUCAGGCACAUAUAUUUAGUGAUUUAUAUUUGCCUUUUACUAUGAAAAGUAUAUACAGUAAGGCAUAAAUAUACUGUAUAAGGCUCUCCUGUAUGUUUUUGAUAAUAUGACGUAUCCUAAACCAUUCUUUUUUAAUGAAAUGAAUGUACGAAGACUUGAAAUACAUGUCCUUGUAUGGUAUAUAUUUUCUAUCAGCAAUAAAAAAAUACUUUUGAUAAA